UGUUAAGUUACUCUUACUUCGGAUUUAAAGUUAUCAUUAUUCACUAAAAAUUAAACAAUAAUUAAAAAAAUAUGGUUUUGUAUAAUUGUAAAAAAUAAGCUGUACAAAAUAAAUAAAAUUGUGGUCGAUUUAUUUUUAUCCGGAGUAAAAUGUAUAUUUAAAAUGAAAUAAAUGAUUUUUUCUAAAUACUAAUCUAAUUUAAGUAGCUAUUUAAAAGUUAAAAUCUUAAUGGCUUCCCUUGAAAUUAAACCUAAAUGUGCUUUAAAAUGUCUUCGAAACAUUGAAGAUGUUACACAAAAGAUACAUCCUUUAAAAUAUGGAAUGAAUACUAUUGGAAGAGGAUUAAAUAAUGAUAUUGUGUUGAAGAAUUUAAAUGUAUCAAGAACUCAUUGUCAUUUAUUAGUAGAGAAAGGUGAAACAGAUGAUGUGGCUUAUAUAAUAGAUUUAGGUACAUCAAAUGGAACCAUAGUUGGAAAUAUUGAUUUAGUUAAAGAUGAAAAAUAUAAAUUAAAUGAUCUAGAUAUGAUUGCUUUAGCAAGUGGAGACCAAGGAGUUGUUUUGCAAUAUAUUAAAAUAGUCGGAAAUAUUGAUUUGUCACCUUCUGGUCAUAAUGCUAUUCAAUUAAGCAACAAAAGAAAAGUGUUAAACUUAGAAAAUGAUGAACCAACAAGUACAUUGAAAAUGCCAAAGUUAGAAUUGCUGACUAAAAUUGAAAAUCAAGACUGUAUUAGUAAUGAAAUUAUGAUAAAAUCAAAUAAAGAAGAAAAUUUAAAACAGAAUAAUGACAUAGGAUCUAGUUCAGUCUACCCUAUUCAACAUGAAAAUCAAAAGAUUAAUUCUGAUAUUGAAGUGAACCAUGCAGAAAAUCCUGUUUUCUUAAGAUCAAACAUCUCAGGUUUACCUGUCAAUGAUGUUGAAAUGAGUAAUGAACCUAUUUUUUUAGCAAAAAAAGUUAGCUCUGAUAAAGUUGAUUCUAUGCAAGCAUGCUCUUCAACUUAUGCAGACAUUAAUGUUUUACCUGUUACAAAUAUAAAAGAAGAACUAGAUGCUAAUAAUUUUAUGGUAUUUAGUCAAAGCUCUUAUCGAAAAGAAGAAGAUAGUAUUAUUGUAAUGGUAUCUUCUGAUGAGGAAGACUGUGUUAAAAAUUCUGAAAUUGUAAAAAUAAGCGAAACAAAUAGUAUUGUUUAUAAUUUUAAUGACUUAAAACAACAACAAAGUAUUCAGUAUCCUCACAGUUCUAAUGAAAAUAAACCUAUUCUUUGUCAUUGGAAUAAUGUAACACAAAUUAGUAGUGAUGAAGAUGAAGAUAUAGUAUCAACUUCUAUCAAAUUUGAUAAUAAUAGCAUUUUAAUAAGUUCUGAUGAAGAUAAUGAAGAAAAUAGCCAUAAAAAUUUACAAUAUACUUGCUCCUUAUUAAAUAAAAAGUCAGUUAAAGAAGCUGUAUCAAGUACAUUGGUAAAUAAUGAUAUGAGUAGUGAUGAUGAUGGUGAUGAUAAAUACCCUCCAAUUAUUGAUGCCCUACCAUUGAAAAAUCCUUCAAAACGAAGAAUACCUAAAGCACUAAUUGAAAAUGAAAAUAUAAUGAAAACUCGUGCAAAAUGUCAAAAAAAAAAUAAUAAUAAAAAGAAAACGGAACUCUUGAUAGCUGAACAAAAUAAAGUUAUUGCUCAAGAAAGAAGAAAUAAAUUAAUGAAACUUUGUAAUAAUGUACAUAAUUCUAUUAAGGAGAAUAAAGAUGAUUCAACUAUUAUUGAUCAAUAUAUGGACAAACCAUCAACAACUGACAUAUUAAAAAAGAAAAGAAGAAUUUCAAGGGUCGUAUCAGAUCAACUUGAUGAUUUUAAAAACAUGCCUAGUACUUCUGGUAACAACUUUAAUACUAAAGAAGGAAUAAAUGGUUCUGAAAAGAUAAAUAGUAAAAGGAAAGUAACUUUUAAACAAUCAGAAAUAAUAAACAAUACAUUUUCUAAAAUUGAUAAUAUGACAAGUUCAAAAUAUUUUGCAUUGUUUGAUACAGUUAGUAGAAUAUGCAAGUGGAAUGCCGUUUGGUUGUAUGAACAAAAAACAAUUGAUGAAACACCACCUCUAACAAAAAAUUUGUACAAAAUGAAAGGACAAUUUGAAAAUCCUACAGAAUAUUCUUCUAUCAUGAAACCAUUGUUACUCUAUGAAAACUGGUCAAAAAUAACUGAAGUAUACAAUGUAAUGAUCAAUAAAAAUCCUAGUUUGGAACAAUGUAUUUUUGGGAAAUCACCAUUUAAGAAUUCUCCCCUUUUUACAUUUACAAUCCAUUCUGUAAACCAUAAAUUUUCUUCGUCAAAUCCAAUUUUAAAAACAAUAAGUGAACCUCUGUGGUGUUUAAAAUGUAUAGGGAAUAACCAAAGUACAUCAUCUUCAGUAGGCUUUCCUCAAAAUGGAUUUCUAUGUAUUGCUAUAGUUCAAUCAAAUUCUUUUGAAACUAAUGCAACUGAUGUAAAAAAGCCUACUAAAUCAAGAAAUAUAUUUUUUUCUUAUGUUCAAUCUGCAAAAAAAAAUGGGUCACAUAAUAUCCAGUGGAGUGUAGAACUGAUUGUUACUAGAAAAACUGUAAAUAUUCUCAAUGGAACAUUUAUUCAUUUAUUAGGCUUACAUUAUUUACGAUCAGAACUACGACUAUUUCAAGCAAUUAAUUAUGUUGCAGUGUCCUCACUUUGUAAUGCUUUAAUUACACCUCAAUUGCAUAAAUACUCAUAUUCCAAAGCCAGUAUCAAGAAUUUCAAUAUAUCAUUUAAUGAUUUUUUGAACAAUAGCCAAAAACAAGCUGUUAAAAUGGCUGUAAUGCUUUCUAUUUCCAAAGAACCAAACAUAGGACUUAUUAUUGGACCACCUGGUACUGGAAAAUCAAAUGUAAUAUGUAAUGUAGUAAUCACACUUCUUAAAAUGAAUAUUCAAUCUAAAGAUGACAAUAAACAUAAAGUACUUCUCUGUGCACCUUCUAAUGAAGCAGUUGAUGUUUUAGUAAGGCGUUUGGUUGAGAUAAAAACUGAAUUGAUGGAUCAAAUUAACUUUAGCAUUGUUAGAGCUGGAGGAAGUCAGAAAAUGGACCCAAUAAUUACUGAUGUAACAUUGGAUCAUUUAGUAAAACAAAAAAUGGAUGGUUUUUGGAAUGAAAAUGGAGGCAAACCAAGUUCUUUAUCUAUGUUUUCUAACAGAAAGGAAGUUGAAAGGCAUAUACUCCAAAAAACUGAUGUUGUUAUUACAACUUUAAAUUCAUGCUAUUCUAAAGCAAUGGAAGAUGCUUUCAUAGCAACUAAAAAUAAUUGCAAUCAAUUUACAGUUUGUAUAGUAGAUGAAGCUGGGCAAUGUGUUGAACCUUUAAAUUAUGUUCCUUUAUUACUAGGAAUUAAUAAACUUAUAUUGGUUGGAGAUGAUAAACAAUUACAGCCAAUUGUCAAGAGUAAGGUUGCCAAAGAUCAUGGAUUUGGCAUUUCAUUAUUCAAACGUCUUAAGUUCUGGCUAGACCAUAAUCAUACUAAUGAUAAUGACUUAAUUCCUAUGAAAUUAUUAGAUACUCAAUAUAGGAUGCAUAAAGAAAUUUGUACAUUUCCAUCAAAAUAUUUUUAUAAAGGUUAUGUAAAAACAGCUGCAUCAGUUAAUAAUAGAAAAUUGUUAUCUGUUCAUCCUUAUAUAAUACUUGAACAUCAGAGUCAACAAGACAACACGGGGGAAGCUAAUAUAGAUGAAGCACAUUUGAUUGUUAGUUUAGUAGAAAUUUUAUUAGACUUGGAAGAAUGUAGUUCAUUGUCAAUUGCAGUUUUGACACCAUAUCAUAAACAACGAGAACAGAUUAAUUUAUUAUUAGGAAAAAAAAAAAUUUCAUUAAACGUAAACACAAUUGAUUCAUUUCAAGGUAGUGAGUGUGAUAUUCUUCUUAUAUCAACAGUUCGCACUAAUGGAAUAGGAUUUUUAGAUGAUCAAUGUAGGUUGAAUGUAGCUUUAACACGAGCAAAACAAUCAUUAAUAAUCUGUGGAAAUUUUGUAUCUUUAAAAGGAGAAAAAGUUUGGUUUGAAUUAUUAGAAGAUGCUAAAAAACGUAAGCUGUUAAAAAAAAUAUCAAAAAGAAACUUAACAAAUUCGAGAGCAUUAAGUUCAAUUAUUAAAAGAUAGCCUUUGUUAUUUACAUUAUUUAUUUUUUCUAUUGUAAUAUAAUUAAUAUACAUUUGUAUAUUUUAAGUUAAAUUUCCUUUUUUGUAUUUUUAACUGACUUAACUUUAAAAUAUAGUUAUUAAAAAACUAUCCAGCUUUUAUACAAUAUAUUUUAUCAAUAUAUAUAUUUAAAAUAUGUUACAAAAAAUAUUAAAUAAUAUAUUAUUCUUAUUGAAAUUAAUUUUUAAUUAUAAAUACAUGAUAGAAGACCCUAUUUUUUCUUAAAAUUCCUCAUGUAUGUAUGAUAAUUAUAAUUUAAUAGAACUAUGUGCACUGUAAAAAUUAUAUUUGAUCUAAUUAUGAUAUAGUUGAAACAAAUAUAUAAAUUCAAGUUUAUCGAUAUGUUGGAAUACUUGUAUAGAGUAAUAUUACUAAAUGGAUACUUGUUAAUUAUUGGCCAAAGUGAUAAUAAACAAAUUUAUUAUAUUACA